UUAACAUGAGCAAAUGUUUGCCCCGCGUAACAAACAAUGCACACUGGAUAAAACAGGUGGAGACUGGUUUGCGUGUUUACUGCAUGUUCGGGUGGAAAGUGGGACAAUCUGUUUUUUGCCGUGUCCGGAGGUGGCGCAGUAUUGCACACACAGGCAAAGGGGUGAGAGAUGACUUGUCUAGCAGUGGAAUGGAAGUGAUGCUCUGUAAACAAUCGCACCAAGACUUUUCUAGGUCCUUGGCCGCUCCGAUAAGGGACGUGUGGACGUGUGCGUGAUUUGCAGAAUGUUGCAUUCCAGUCCGCGGCGGAGUCACGUUCCCGGAAGCGGAGCAUGACAUGUUUUUUUUUGUCGAUUGCCAUUAAACUCUUCCAGCAUCUGGAGUUAACGUCGCUCGAGGGGCGGGAGAGAAAGAAUGUUCUCAAAAUUGAACUGCGUGGUACGCCGCGUCUUAGCUGCUUGUAAACUUCGAUUCAAGGUCUAAUGAUGAAAUGUCCUGCCUCUUGAUGUCGUAUGACAUGAACUGCACUGAUUGUAACGUGACCAGCUUAAGCAGCGCAGCCAUGGGGAAGAUGAUGCUGGGGCACAAUGGAGUCAGAGGCAGCAGGGAAUACAAGGAUAAGGUUGCUGAUGGUGAGAGCAAGCAGGAGUAUCUUCCCAAGCACCGCAAGACGUACCCGCUCCGGAAGCGCAUUCACUGUCAGUCGGGUGAUAUCUCUUCUCUGGAAAUUGCCAAGGAUCUGGAAGGGAUGUCGGUUGAUGGAGCGAGUCCUACGCAGGCUAUGGCGGAGCACUGGGAUUGCCAGGACAGGCUCCGAGCAGAAGGGCCCGAGGAAGAGAGGACGGAGGACACUGGCAAGGAGAACGACAGGAUGGCAGCUGUGGUGCCACGUGCUGCUGAGCCGCGACCCCGGAGGUUGGCCAGCCUGAAUGCCGAGGCAGUCAACAACCUGUUGCUGGAGCGCGAGGACUGCCCGUCGUCUAGCCGCCGAUGCCGGAGAAGUACCAGCUGCGGCAUGGAGUAUGCCGGGAGCCGGCCCGAGGGCAAGGCCGGGCACCCGGCGAAGAAGCGGACGGGUAGUUUGGGCGGUUCCUCAGAUGGCGACGUUUUUGCCAAGGCCGAGAGCGGCGCUGUGCCAGCCAGCCACAGCUGCCCGGGUGCGCCAGCUGAGCUGCCGGCCAAGAAGCGCAUGGCCAGCCUCAAUGCUGCCGCGUUCCUCAAGCUGAGCAACGCCAAGGACGGUUCAGCCAGCCGUCGCAGCCGGGCGGAUGGGGAGGGCAAGCCGGGAAGGGGGGUCGGGGGGACGCGUCUGCCCUGCUCUCACCCGCUGGCUGGGCAGCGGUGCCUGCAAGCCAAGAGGAGGGACCCAAGGAACAGUGUCUCAGCUGUGCCGUCGCCAGUCGCUGGUGACUGUGAGGGGCCGCAGAGGAAAGAAUCUGCCACUUCGGGCAGGUUGCCCAUUACCACAGACCUCCCCUGCCAGUAUGCAGACAAGACCAAACGAUAUUUCCGUCAAUUCUCAAUGCUCAUGGGAGACCAAGCCAUGAUUCAGCCCAAGUAUCAGGCCAUGGAGGGGAACACUCCUUCAGGUGCUGACUUUACACAACCGUUCCAGUCGCACUCUAAGUUGACUUUGCUGGAUAAUUUUGUGUCUGCUUCAGACCACUACGAGUUGCUGCCUCCUGAUGUCUGUCUUGCUUCCCCAAUGGAUGACCUCUACCUACAAUAUGAUAGAAGUGACCUAUUGCCCAUCGGAUGCAAUUCUCCACACAGCUGUUCCAUGUGUUCAGCCAGUUUCUCCUGUUGUACCCCACCUGAUGACGAAGGGACCCUCCUCAUGUCACAGAGCACUGUACCCUCAGGUAUCUCUUUUUCACAUGCUCCAUGCAGGGACUCCCUUUGCUUUGUGGGAGAUACAGCAUCUGUACAGUGCAUGGGUAUCACUGGCUACGAUCUCUGCAGAAUGCUUCAUCCAUCACUGAACAGGGACAUAGUUGGGAGGACUUUAAACUCAAGCCAGACAAACUCUCUCCACGAACUGGGACGGAAAACAGAUAAGUACAAGUCCUUGGAGCCACUCAGUGUAACCACCCCAGUCACAGGUCAUCCAGUGUCACCAGCAAAUCCUCUCUCGGGCUGCCCUGUCCCCGCAGCUCCUUCUGCCGCUGAGCCUGUACCCCAAAUCCAGCGCCCUGGUUUGGACACACCAGCAGCCACUAGGCCCCACACCUUGUCUAUGCUGAAGCUGACCCGAGAGUGUCCUCAGAGCUCCAAACCUCCCAGCAGCUCCAAGUCCGGCCUCCGUAAUGCGAUCUGUCUACCUGCCCAACAGAAUAAAGCUGGCACAGGCCACACAGAGAGUAGGCAGCAGAGAAUCAGCAGGAGACGCGCCACAAAUGGCUGGCUGCCUGUAGGAGAGCCCUUCGAGAAACCAGUCUACAUCGUGGGUGAAGUGCAGCCCCUGAUUCGCAAGUGUUAUCCAGCUGUUGAAAGAGAUGGAGAAGUGGUCAAAGUUCGGGACACUGUUUUAUUGAAGUCAGGACCUAGGAAGAAGUCAAUUCCAUAUGUUGCCAAGGUUUCUGCACUCUGGGAGGACCCAACAUCAGGGGAACUCAUGAUGAGCCUUUACUGGUACUACAGGCCUGAGCACAUCCAGGGAGGCAGAAAUCCCAGCAUUCACUGUGAGAAUGAGAUCUUUGCUUCUCGGCACCAAGAUGAGAACAGUGUGGCCUGCAUUGAAGAGAAAUGCUAUGUGCUGACUUUCUCAGAGUACUGUAGAUUCUGUGCCUUGGCAAAAUGGCGAGAGGAAGGGUCUCCUGAUCACAGGCCAGUGGUACCUCCUUCCGAAGAGUACUCCACGCCUUCGCAUCGCAAGGUCCCAGAAAACACCGAUCCAGAUCUGGUCUUCAUUUGCAGGCACGUUUAUGACUUCCGUCAUGGACGAACUCUGAAAAACCCGCAAUAGUUUAUAGCACUUCCCAGAUUCCAAGAGAACUCAGGCUUAGAAAACAAACACACGCAGCAACAGAAAGAAAUCAGAAUGAAUGGAUUUUGACUGGAGGUAUAAUUCCACAAAGCCUUCCUGGUGGACAACAGAUACUCUUACCUUUGCCUUAUGUACAUAGAUUAGAUGAGUUUUUAUGACCUGUUCAAUCACGUUGACUGGAUACCAAAGGACAGUGACCGACCUGAAAACUGGCUCCUGGGAAACGGUGCUGGUUUCUGCACUAACCAAUUCGACUGUCAUCACAACACUCGAGUCACUUUUCCCAUCCUCAUCCUCAUCACCACUAACAACGGGUCCCAUUUCCCAAAUGAUCACUGACCCAUUUCACAAUUGCUAUGAAUUAAAAACAGCGACAAGAAAUAUUGCACUUGUAUUCCAAACCAAUUUAUUUCUCAAAUGACCCUUGCCCAAUUUCCAAGCUGGCAAUCAGUGAAUGCCAGCACUAAAAUGUUUACGUCUGAAUUCGGAUAUCAUUCCAAAUUCUCUCUCUCUCUCUCUCUCUCUCUCUCUCUCUCUCUCUCUCUCUCUUUUCCUCUAUUUUUAAUUAUUAUUUCAAAGAAAAUUGCUUGUUGGAAUUAAAUUUCAAAAUGUAUUGACUUUUGAGGAAGAAAAAUUAAUAUAUGAUUUAAGUUUGAUAGCUAUGUUUGAAGAGACUUUUUUAAAAAAGAAUAGUUCUUUCUCUACUGAUGUUCUGAUGUUUUCACUUGAAAGGUUUAAUAAUGUUUGAAGUGUUAGGCCCAUGGCCAAUAGAAUUAAAGAUGUUUCUUGGGGGAGCCAUAGUUUCUUAGUUUUGGUCUUUAAAAGGAUUAGCCUGUGCAUUCACCAUUAGGGUUUAUCUUCACUGAUGCUUCUGCCAUCAUUCAGCACCACCAGUUCUGGUUGGGAUUUGCCAGAAAACCCAAGCUCUGGUCAUUCUUUGGAUUUAAAAUGGACAUCAACCUCUGUGGACAGAUUUCAGCCAACCUGGCAUCAGCUUGGUGUCACCAGUGGCCAAAUGUGCUAUUGAAGCUCCAGGGGAACAGUCGGCAUUUUUAUAAAGAGCCUUUUACAACAUCUUGAAGCACUUUGUAGACAUGAAAAAUAUUCUUGAAAUAAAAGUCAGAAGAUGCUUGGUAUGUCAGGCAACAUCUGUGCAGAAAGAAACAAAGGUUAUCAUCUUGGGUGGAACAGGGAAAACAUUUUUAAAGGAA